GUUCUUAGGGGAGUAAUCAUGGAGCUUGGUUUGCAUUUCGAAGUAGAGGGGAUGGUGAAGGAUCUUGUUAUCAAAUGUAGGGGCCUACCCUAUUCUUGUGAUGAAAGUAGUCUCCGGAAGUUUUUGGGUGACAGUGGGAUCAGCAAAGUGAACAUAAUUAUGCGCGACGGUAAAGCUGCUGGGGACGCCUUUGUGCAUUACAGUAAUGAGGAUGACUACAAGAGAGCAUUGAAAAAGGAUAGAGAACACAUGGGGCAUCGAAGCAAUUUCCGCGAUCGCCGUGAACGCGAUUACGGUGAUUAUGGUCGUGGUACAUCUCGAAUGAACAUGAUGAUGCCUGCUCCGUAUGGUGAAGGAGUUGUCCGACUGCGUGGGCUUCCCUACGGAGCACGUGAAAGGGAUAUCUAUGACUUCUUUGCGCCACUGAAUAUUGUACCGGCCUUGUUGUACGAUUCCGUGUGA